AUGCUGAGCAGUCUGCGACCUUUUGCUUCUUCUGUCUUGGCGACGGCUCCACGCUUGAGCAAGUCAACGUCUGCGACAAAGACCCGCUCAUUCGCAGCACUCGCCUUCCGCGGUGCCACCGCCACCCGCAUCACCGUUCCUAACGGAACAGUUGUUGAUCGCGCUUUCCAGCAGCGGACUUCAAUGCCAAUUGCUCGGCGUUCCCUGUCGGUCUUGACGCAAGGGCAAGCGAGAGCCGCGACAGAGAAUGCUGCUGCGUCCACCUCCCAUGCUAGCUCUAGUGCUGUUCAAGCGAGUGCUGUUGAAAUGAGUGCUACUCAAGCGAGCAACAACAGCGCCAACCAGGCAGCACCCCUGCCAGUCCCUGCUCAUCUCAAAGCUGCUGAUGAGCAGCAGCAGUACCUUGCUUUGAAACACCCGCUGCUCCAAGAGCUGUUCCAGGUCGAGUGGAAGCUUCCCAGUCUUCGCAAGCAUCUCCUCAUGGCGCUGGCUACCAAUCCGCCCUCCACGCAGAAUGAAGUGGACGACCUUGUCUGCGAAAUCCGCAAGUUCUCGUCCCAAUCAUCUGCUGGGGAUGUGGCUAAAGCGCACGCUUCAAGCAUGGCGAACAAGGACGAAACGCACAUCGUCAAGAGAGCUCGCCUGGCUGUGGAGAGGCUUCUCGAGUCUAUUAAAGCCUGGCUGCGAACUCUCGAAGAGCGCCUUGAUGACUGCUUUGUGCGGUCAUUCGACCCUCGCGCUUGGACGGUGGAAAUCGGUUCACAUCAACUUCGUGUUGGGUAUUGCUUCGAUUUGACUCUGCUCGACGUUCAUGCACUCGACGCACCUCCCACUGUCUUGUGCACCGUUGGCACUGCGCUUGAUCCUGCGGGCAACGUCGGCUGGAUGGCGUGGGUAUUACAGCGGCAAGCAUCAGAUGCAAGUUGA